AUGGAGGAGUCUGAGACGUUCAAUUCGUCCUUCGCGCCGAAGCAGCCCUUCCCACCACUACUCUCGGAAGACAUUCCUCCAGAUGAACACGAAAGCUAUGAAGACGACUGUGUCACCUCCCCCGGCUACGAGGAGAUCGAGGUGGAGGACGACGCAGACUUCCAGUCGCAUUACUCCCUAGAACACCAAUCGUUCUCAGACUCAGACUCCGAUGAUUCUUCUGACGAUAUCGGUCGUAAUCAUCCGUUUCGCCAAUCCUCCAGCUCUCUCCACGGCCCCAAUGCGUUCGCACCUCCGUUCUACAACCGCCCACCAACGCCUUUACCACCAUCCCCCUCUCUCACUUCUCUUCUCAGACCGCCCUUCUCAACUACUACAUCGCGCCCAACUACCCCAGACAGCUCCGAUGUAGAGACCCCCAACGAUACGGAGGCGGCAGUCGCCAAGUCCGCCCGUCGCGCAACCACCGUCCCGCGCGCCAGCCCAAAGGUCCCAACAUACGAAUACUACGGAUUUGUCUUAUACCUGGCUUCAUCAUUGGCAUUCUUAUUCUAUCUCCUUUGGUCCUACCUUCCGUCCCCAUUUCUGCACCAGCUCGGCAUCUACUACUACCCAAACCGAUGGUGGUCGCUGGCUAUCCCCGCAUGGCUAGUAAUGCUCCUUAUCUACAUAUAUAUUGCACUAGCGACGUACAACACCGGCUACCUCACAUUACCCAUGCACAGUAUUGAGAAUAUUGUUGACGAGGUCGCCAACGUAUCAGUGAUUGAUGGAAAGGCCCGGCGGCGACCAGGUGGCGCGACCAAAAUGAAACCCGGCGCAACCUCUUAUCAAAUCAUGGGCCCUCAGAACCGCAAGGUCAAUUGGCGGGAAAUCUGGAGUGAGGGAACCGAUGCGGUCAUGGACGUGCCGGUUGGAGGCGUGUGUGAGGUUUUAUAUGGUCAAAAUAGAGACGAGGACUUUGAUGAUAUGUCAGAUCAUCGCCCUUCGACUCCACCUCCACAGGCUAAGGCCACUGGAAGUGGACAACUUCCCCGUGGUCCAAUUACUCCAGAACAGCAGCGGAGAAUGGAACUCAGUCGCAUGAAGGCAAAGGCUCUCAGAGAACAGCAUGAAGCCAAGCUGGCUCAAUCCGCCGCAAAUGCACCACAGCCCCCAACAGGCGCCAAGCGCUCAUUCGCCUCGAUGACAUCGAACCAACCUGCCAAUAUGCGCGAUGCCUCGGCAAAGAACCGACCAUUAGAUUCUAUACAGCCGGCGCGCAAUUUCACAAAAUUCGUCGAUUACGAUUUCAGCAAGAUGACUGAUACGAAGGGUGGAUUUUUAACGCAAGAGGAUGACCCUUUCAACAAGCAACUCCAUGUGACGAAUGAUAAAGAACUGCAAAAGCCGGCGAAUAUGACGCAAAAAGAAUGGGAGAGACAUCAAAUACUUCAGAAUCUCAAACGGAACCGAGAAGGGCCUUUUGAGCCUGGACUGAGUGUUUUGGACGACAAAAGCAAACAGAAGAAAUGUCGCGAGUGCAGCAGUCUUGAAAUUGACUGGAAAUGGGAUGAAGAGUUGAAGUGUAGCAUUUGUCAUGCUUGCAAAGAGAAAUUCCCCGAAAAAUACAGUCUACUGACCAAGACAGAAGCUAAGGAGGAUUAUCUUCUUACAGAUCCUGAACUCCGGGAUGAAGAUCUACUCCCGCGCCUGGAGCGUCCAAAUCCACAUAAGUCCACAUGGAACAGCAUGAUGCUCUACCUCCGAUAUCAAGUAGAGGAAUAUGCAUUCUCAGACAAAAAAUGGGGCUCCACCGAAGCGCUGGAUGCAGAAUUCGAAAAGCGAGAGACUGACAAGAAGCGGCGACGAGAGGAAAAAUUCAAGACCAAACUAAACGACUUGAAAAAGCGCACACGGGUCGAGGCCUACCGACGGAAUCGACAAGGUGGCGCUGGUGGUGACUUUGGUGAUGAUUUGGCUUCCAGGCGGAAACAUGUUCAUGAAUGGGGUCGUUCUGUUGAUAAUCCUGAAACUGGAAUCCCUGUUAAGACUUGUGUCUCAUGUGGGAUGGAGGUGGAGGAACUGGAAUUCUAG